AAGCUUUUGACUAAAUGUUCCAAUGUGACCUCGGGGAUGGAGGAGGGGGAUAUAAGACUAUGAGCUCCAAGAUGGGACAGGUGCCAGACAAAAUGAUCGAGACCUUGCUACAUUCUUCCUCCCAAAUUUGCUACGGGUACCCCAUACUUACCCCAUUUCCUACCCCAUAUAAAUACCCUCCCAAAAAUUUACCCCCACUCCCUCAUCUUCCUUCCCCCUUAUCUCCCUUUCAUCUCCCUCUUUUCCAGCCAGCCCCUCUCCCUUUCAUCUCCCUUUCAUUUCCCUCAAUUAAUCCCCCAUGCUUAGUUCCGGCGAACACCCAAGCACCUCCGGUGGGAAGUCGGAAAACCCAGCCGGACACCACCCAAACCCCCGUCAGGCGUCAGGCCCCGGCGACCCCCAGCGGCAGCGACAAGGUAGCAGGAGCGAAGAUCUAACAGUAGUCGGACUACGUAACGGUAGGCGGAACUGAUGCCCGGCAAGCCGGUCAUCUUCUCCGGCGACACCUGACCGUUGUCCCAGUAAUUUCAGUGUCGGCCGGAUUUAAAACCUUCCACACCUUCUCCACCAACCUGUAAUUUCAGUUCAAAACCUUCAAAUUCCAGCGACCAUAACUUUGAAACAUACCUGUGAUAGUUCAGAUCUAUUAGCUUUGGUUCAGAUCUGUUAGCUUCAAAUUCUAGUGAAAAGAGUUGUCUGGCAUUCCAUUUGAUUUGUCUGUAAUGUGAAAAUAGUUGUCUGUCUGGUGAAAUUAUGAAGUACUUGUGUAUAUUUAGACUACUCUGUGAUGAUAUUGCGAUGUCUGUCAUGGUAUUUUGAAUAUUAUGUAAUUGGUUUGGAGUUGUCUGUCAAUUUAUUUUGAAUUGUUUAAAAUUGUUUUAUAGUUGUCUGUCAUGUGAAAGUAGUUGUCUGGCAAGGCAUAUUAGUUGUCUGGUACGUUAAAUCCAAUUGUUUAAAAUUGGUUUGUAGUUGUCUGUCAUGUGAAAGUAGUUGUCUGGCAAGACAUUUGAAUUGUCUGUCAGUUUAUUUUAAAUUGUAGAAAAUAGUUUUGUAGUUGUCUGUCAGGUAAAAUUAGUUCUCAGGCAACCCAUUUGAAUUGUCUUGCACGUUGUUUGGAAUUCAUUAAAAUUGGGUUGUAGUUUUCUGUCAUGGGAAUUGAAUUCUUUAUCAAUGUAUUGCAACAAAUUGUUU